CCAAAUGCACGUAUUUAUUUCAAGCUGUAUUUUCUUCUUCUUCUUCUUCUUCUUCUUCUUCUUCUUCUUCUUCUUCUUCUUCUUCUUCUAUGAAUCGUCUUUACAGCUUGCUUUCAUUUCUUUUAUGGCUACAAAUUCUUAGUAUAGUGUUAAAUGAACAGUAAAUAUAAUGGGGGCAAAGUGUGGAUGGAUUUCCAAAAGUGCACAGUAACCUGGCGGAAGAUGAGUGUAUUAUGCGAGACGUAAUUUUAACACGAGAGCUAUGAGAUAGCAAAUCCUGACGUGAUACGGAAAAGGUAUAAAUCAAACUCAGGUCAAGAUCAAGAGUACUCGAGCGUGCUGGUUGGCGUUGGCCGGUGCUGGCCAGGUGUUUGUUGAAGCUUGCGACGCGACGCGAUGUUGAUGUAGUGUAGGAGAGCAAUACUCGUACGCCGUUAAUGUGUCAAACAAGUGUCAAAUCAUGUCAGUUGCUGUGAAACUUUGAAGAGUAAAGACCGGGUUAGGUAACGCGGACCUUCGUUAAAAAUACUCAAUCUGCAGAAAUCGGUUUUAAAAUGUCGUGCAAUUACGCGGAUGGACUAUCACCUUAUGAAAAUAAAGGAAAACUAGGUUUGGAAGAGAAAUUCGAUGCCAAAUUAGAAGUGUCAAGAAAAGUGUCAAUAUUGGCCGAAUGGAUAAAAAACUCGAGACAUGUUGUUGUGCAUACCGGGGCAGGAAUAAGUACCUCAGCAGGAAUUCCAGAUUUCAGAGGCCCAAAUGGUGUGUGGACUCUAGAAGCCAAGGGUUUAAAACCUCAAAAAAACAUAUCAUUCGAUGAUGCUAUUCCAACAAAAACUCACAUGGCUAUAUUAAAACUUGCUGAACUAGGAAAGGUACAGUAUGUUGUUAGUCAGAAUAUAGAUGGAUUACAUCUUCGUUCUGGCCUUCCUCGAAGUCAUUUAGCAGAACUGCAUGGUAACAUGUUUAUCGAACAGUGCAAACAGUGUGAUAGACAAUUUGUGAGAAAUGGUUCUGUCAGCACGGUGGGACAGCGGAGCCUGAAUAAACCAUGUUCUGCAACCCAAAAGAAUGGUCGUCCAUGUCGUGGUCGUCUUCAUGAUACUAUUCUUGAUUGGGAGCACAAUUUGCCUGCAAACGAUCUUGAAAUGUCAGAUUACCAUUCAUGUGUGGCUGACCUAAGUAUAUGUUUGGGAACAACAAUGCAGAUUGUUCCAAGUGGAAAUUUACCAUUAAGUACCAAAAAAUAUGGAGGUAAACUUGUUAUUUGUAAUCUGCAACCCACAAAACAUGAUCGUAAAGCAGAUUUACUAAUUCAUUCAUAUGUGGAUGAAGUAAUGGAAGAGUUAAUGGGAAUUUUGAAUUUAACAAUUCCUGAAUACGACUCCACAAAGGAUCCUACUAAAAGAUCUCAUACUAUUCAACUAGAGUGGACUAUCCCAAACAGUGAUGUCAAAAGGUUGAGAAAUCUAUAUGAAAAGAAAUGUUGUAAGCCAAAGAAGAGAAAAAUUAAAGCUGACUCCGACCAUUUAGCAGAAGAAGAAGAUGAGAAAAAGAUAAAAGAAGAAAAAACGGAAUGUCCAUCUGAAUUAAUUUCUGUUGAGGAUAUUCCAUUGAAAACUGAAAUGGAAGAUAAUUGCUGUGUUUUACAGGAAGGAAUAGUGUUAAGCUAAUAAACAAUAAAAUGACUUUGUAUAAUGUUUUAUUUAUGUCACACACCUUUUAUUGGAAAUUAUAUAAAUUGAAUUUUAAUUAAUGUGGUGAACUUAUUUAUUAGUUAAUAUUGAUAUAAACAAUUAUUUUAUGUGUUAAGAAUAUGUUAGAUGCAUUGUAUUAUAACUUUUUUUUUUUUUUUUUUUUUUUUUUAAAUAUACAGUUAAAAUGAUUCCUCAGCCCAUUUAUGGAAAGUGAAGUUAAGUGCAGCACAUACCUAUUAUCAUUCAUCUACUACAAUUUAGCCUUAAGAGCUGCAAUAAGUUAUUCACUCUGCACAUCACUGCACUCUUACAAUUAUUCUUCAGACAAGUAUAAUUCGUAAUUUCUUUUUUGACAUAUACACUGCCCAGCAAGCUACUGUGUUUUAUGAGAGCUUUUAAAUUUAAAAGGGAUACCAUUUGGUUAAACUCAUUAUAUUUGUGAACUUAUUACGAUUUAUUUACAUUUUCCAGACCCUACCCCUUUAUAGGAAUUUGUGACAUCAUUGUAAUCGACGUUGCUACACUAAUAUUUUCUGUUUGGGAAAGUUAAUUGACAUAACCUGUUUAAAACAGUAGAAAUGUACUUCUACUAGAUACCAAGAUAAAUCUCUUCAGCUCUUUUAAAAAGGUCAUUAGCAAUUUUUUAAACAAGUAAUUUUUGCGAAAUGUGUGCUUGAAAUUAAUGAAAUUUUAAAAAAAAUUAUUUUCUUCAAAACUGCCCCAAAUUUUUUCCUUAACUUUUCUCCUCUAAUGUAUCAAUGGAAGAAGAAAAAAGAGGGGUGUUAGUCCCAUUUUUGGCAACACUCCAUGUUUCAAAAAUUGCAAAAAGGUAACGUUUAAAAACAACGAAAUUAAAAAUAGAGAUUUUUGUCUUCAACUAAACCUUUGCCUUUGCCUUUGACGUACUUAAAAAAACACUCUUUAAAAAUAGUAGUUUUUGGAAAAUACUAGUUUUCAUGAC